AUGGAGAUAGUAGAGGCCGAUCCACGGCCAUUUCUGCCUUCUGCCAUGUGUUUUGAGGCAAGGUACUAUCAUGAUGACCUUGGUCCUUUCACCUUCCUUGGAGUCAACCAGAACGGCCUCCCCCAUGGUGUCACGGCCCAGAGGCUCAUUGAAGAUGGAGAAGGAUCGAGCUGCAACAAUCCGAUCCAUUACAAAAAGAUUGUUGAUAUAUUGGGAGGAAAGAAGCUCUUCAUGCAGAAUCCAGCCAUCAAUAUGGCAAAAUUCACUCAUGAGAGCACGGAAGACCAGGAGGAAGAAGAGUUACAGGAGGAAGUGUUAGAUUUUGCGCCAGCAGCACUGGAUGACUCUCUGCCAGAAGUGGAAGAUCCUUUACAGGAAAUAAACUUAGGGACAGAAGAGGAUCCAAGGCCUACUUUUAUUAGCGCACUAUUGAAAGAACCACUCAAGAGUGAGCUCAUUGCACUGUUGCAGGAGUUCAGAGAUUGUUUUGCUUGGCAUUAUCAUGAAAUGCCAGGUCUAGACAGGGAAUUAGUGGAGCACAAGCUGCCAAUCAAAGAGGGAUACCUUCCAGUCAAACAGGCCAGAAGAAGAAUGUCCAUGGACACAGAACUGAAGGUCAAAGAAGAAAUAGAAAGGUUGCUCAAAGCAGGAUUCAUCAGACCAGCCAUCUAUGCUGAUUGGCUAGCUAAUAUUGUACCAGUUCUGAAAAGAAAAACUGGGGCAGUCAGAAUCUGUGUGGAUUACAGAAAUCUAAAUGAAGCUUCUCCCAAGGAUGAGUACCCUAUGCCAAUGGCAGACAUGCUAGUAGAUGGAGCUGCUCACAACCAGAUGCUAUCUUUUAUGGAUGGCAAUGCAGGUUACAAUCAGAUCAUGGUGGCAGAAGGAGACAUCCACAAGACAGCCUUCAUGUGUCCAGGACAUAUAGGUGCUUUUGAGUACACUGUAAUGCCUUUUGGCUUAAGAAAUGCAGGGGCUACUUAUCAAAGGGCAAUGAAUUCUGUCUUCCAUGAUAUGAUAGGGCAUUCUUUGGAAGUGUAUAUCGAUGAUGUGGUGAUUAAAUCCCCAGAGGAGGAAACCACAUAUCAAAUCUAA